AGCAGGAGAACGAUCAUGGAGGUGGUGCCAGCUGAGGUGAAUAGCUUGCUUCCAGAGGAGAUAAUGGACACUGGUAUAACUUUAGUGGAUGAUGAUAGUAUUGAGGCUGUUAUUGUUUCAUCCCCAAUUCCCAUGGAGACAGAACUGGAAGAAAUUGUCAACAUAAAUUCUACUGGUGACUCUACAGCCACGCCCAUUUCCACGGAACCAAUCACAGUGUACAGUAACCACACUAACCAAGUUGCAGUGAAUACCACAAUUACUAAAGCAGAUUCUAAUACCACAGUGAAACCAGCUUUUCCAAGUGGCCUUCAAAAACUUGGUGCUCAGACUCCUGUGACUAUAUCUGCCAAUCAGAUUAUUUUAAACAAAGUAUCACAGACAUCUGAUCUUAAACUUGGCAAUCAGACCCUUAAACCAGAUGGACAGAAGUUAAUUUUAACAACUUUGGGCAAGUCUGGUUCACCAAUUGUUUUAGCACUACCCCAUAGCCAACUACCCCAGGCUCAGAAAGUUACAACUCAGGCCCAGUCAGGAGAUGCUAAGUUACCACCGCAGCAAAUUAAAGUAGUUACCAUUGGAGGGAGGCCAGAGGUGAAACCUGUCAUUGGUGUCUCAGCAUUGACCCCAGGAAAUCAACUGAUUAAUACUACAACUCAGCCCUCUGUGUUACAGACCCAACAGUUAAAAACAGUACAGAUUGCUAAGAAGCCUCGAACACCAACCUCUGGUCCAGUAAUCACGAAGCUGAUUUUUGCAAAACCAAUUAAUAGUAAAGCAGUCACAGGACAGACAACUCAAGUAUCACCACCAGUCAUUGCAGGUAGGGUUCUUUCACAGUCUACUCCUGGGACUCCAUCAAAGACCAUAACAAUAUCUGAAAGUGGUGUUAUUGGAUCAGCUUUAAAUUCUACAACACAGACACCAAAUAAAAUAGCCAUCUCACCUUUGAAAUCGCCAAAUAAGGCAGUAAAAUCAACUGUGCAGACCAUCACUGUUGGAGGUGUGAGCACAUCACAAUUUAAGACAAUUAUUCCUCUGGCAACUGCUCCCAAUGUCCAGCAGAUCCAAGUGCCUGGAAGCAAGUUUCAUUAUGUCCGACUUGUUACUGCCACAACAGCCAGUAGCUCAACCCAGCCUGUCAGUCAGAAUCCCAGUACAAACACUCAGCCUCUUCAGCAAGCAAAGCCCGUGGUCAGCACCACUCCAGUGCGAAUGUCAGUUCCUCUCACACAGACUGUUAAACCCGUUGUUCCAAAACCAAUCAACCCAAGUUCACAAAUAGUUACUACUAGCCAGCCACAGCAACGGCUCAUCAUGCCUGCCACUCCACUGCCACAGAUCCAACCAAACCUCACUAACCUGCCCCCAGGCACUGUGCUGGCACCAGCUCCGGGGACAGGGAAUGUGGGUUAUGCAGUGCUUCCAGCUCAGUACGUUACUCAGCUACAGCAGUCUUCAUAUGUGUCAAUAGCAAGCAACUCUAAUUUUACUGGUACACCGAGUAUCCAGACCCAGGCAAGGCUUCCAUUCAAUGGCAUAAUCCCGUCAGAGUCUGCCAGUCGACCCAGAAAGCCCUGUAAUUGCACGAAAUCUCUGUGUUUGAAAUUAUACUGUGAUUGCUUUGCAAAUGGUGAAUUUUGCAACAACUGCAAUUGUACUAAUUGUUACAAUAAUUUAGAACAUGAAAAUGAGAGGCAAAAAGCAAUAAAGGCAUGCCUUGACAGAAAUCCAGAAGCUUUUAAGCCUAAAAUUGGGAAAGGAAAGGAGGGAGAAUCAGAUCGACGUCACAGCAAAGGAUGUAAUUGCAAACGAUCAGGAUGUCUUAAAAACUACUGUGAAUGCUAUGAGGCAAAAAUAAUGUGUUCCUCAAUAUGCAAAUGUAUUGGCUGUAAGAAUUUUGAAGAAAGCCCAGAAAGGAAGACACUGAUGCACUUGGCAGAUGCAGCUGAAGUAAGGGUGCAGCAACAAACUGCGGCGAAGACUAAGUUAUCCUCUCAAAUUUCGGACUUGCUUACUAGGCCAACACCAGCUUUGAAUAGCGGAGGAGGAAAAUUGCCAUUUACAUUUGUAACUAAGGAAGUAGCUGAAGCCACGUGUAAUUGCCUUCUUGCCCAGGCUGAGCAGGCGGACAAGAAGGGGAAAUCAAAGGCAGCAGCUGAACGGAUGAUACUUGAGGAAUUCGGACGAUGUUUAAUGAGCGUCAUCAACUCUGCAGGAAAAGCAAAAAGUGACCCUUGUGCUAUGAAUUGCUAACUCUUGCACAAAAGAUAAAUGGAACUGUACAGAAAAUUGAAGGUGCAGGGACACUUUUCUAGAAGAUAGUUUAACAAUUAUUGUAUUGUUAAUUCAGUCAUUGUGAGACCUGAAAUUAUAAUAUUGAGAAGAAAUCUUAAAUGAGG